AUGGGAAAAGUUUUUGCUCCACAUGUAUCACCAGAAACCACGAUUCCGUCUACGUCGGGCCUUCAGACAGAGCAAGAUAGUGACAGUAUGAGAAAGAAUGAUGACGAAUCAAAUAAUAGUAAAGAGAAAGAAAAUGAAGGCUCGAUGUCCGAUUGGGUGUCCGGUGGACCCAUCGGGUCGAAGGGCGCCGUUCUCGUCUUCAGAUCCUGUGUCCUGGCUUCACGCACACCCUCCAUGGAGUCGACGACGAAAACAGUUGGCAAUAAUACAGGGACCACUAUAUUAUUAAAUAAGGCAAAAAAUAUGGCCAAGCGAUUAGUAGCGGAGCCUCAUUCCUUCAAUGUAAGACCAAAGAAUAUUAUGCACGACGUGAUGGAGACCUUUGGGAAUAGCAAUAAGUUCACAGGACAAGCAUAUGUAGUUAGGCACGUAAGUGAAGCAGAAAUGCCAGAAACAGAGUCCAUAGAAGACCAAGGCCAUGAACCGGUGGAGCAUAAAAGGGACAUCGAAGACGUAUUGAACGAUUUAAAUAAAAUAACUCUGAAGAAAAAUCUCAACAUCGAAAACACUACUGCCAACAUCAAACCACCUGAAGAACCGCCGCCGCCUGCUAAAGAUAUUAAAGAAGAGAAAAAAGGUAAGAAGACUAAGGGCAAGAACAAACGCAAGACCCAACGUGCGUCGUCACCAACCCUCGACAGCGAUGACUCUGAACACAUGUUAGUUAAAGACGUGGAUAGUAUUAAGGUGUUAGAAAGUAGUCACAUGCCAGCUCGCGUCCUUAACAUCACAUACAAGCUGGUCAAUACGGAGACCAAGUUGCUACACCGGUUGCUCCAAGCCCAUGGUCUUCAAGAGGCACCCCCAGAAUCCAAAGACUUCAAUCUUAUGUGGGCUGGUCUUCAUCCCAAACCUGAUGUACUGAGAUCUCUUACACCAUAUCAACGGGUCAACCACUUUCCUAGAUCUUACGAACUAACGCGUAAAGACAAACUUUUCAAGAAUAUAGAGAAGAUGCAGUACUUCCGUGGAUUAAAGCACUUUGAUUUCAUACCUACGACGUUUUUAAUGCCCAACGAAUAUAAAGAACUUUGUACCACGCAUUAUAGGACGAAAGGGCCGUGGAUAGUGAAGCCGGCUGCGUCUAGCCGGGGACGAGGGAUCUAUAUUGUUAACACUCCAGAGCAAAUACCAAAAGGUGAAAACGUGGUAGUAGCGAAGUAUAUAGACAAGCCGCUGCUCAUCGGCGGCCAUAAGUGCGACCUGCGCCUCUACGUGUGCGUCACCUCCAUAGACCCACUCCUCAUAUACCUGUACGAGGAGGGUCUGGUCAGGUUCGCUACCGUCAAAUACGACAAGACCAAUAAGAACCUGUGGAACCCCUGCAUGCAUCUCUGUAAUUACAGCAUCAAUAAAUAUCACACAGAUUAUAUAAAAUGCGACGACCCGAACGCGGGCAACAUCGGGCACAAGUGGACGCUGUCGGCGCUGCUGCGGCACCUGCGCAAGGCGGGCCGCGACACCGCCGCGCUCAUGGCCGCCGUCGAGGACCUCGUCGUCAAGAGCAUCCUGUCCUCGGCGCAGACCAUCGCCGCCGCCGCCAGGGUCUUCGUGCCCGGACAGUUCAAUUGCUUUGAAUUGUUUGGAUAUGAUAUACUAAUAGAUGACAUGCUGAAACCGUGGCUGUUGGAAAUAAAUUUGUCGCCAAGUCUCGCCUGCGAGAGCCCAUUGGACGCGCGCGUGAAGUCUGCGCUGCUGGCGGACACGCUGACGCUGGUGGGGCUGCCCGCGACGCCCGCCUCCCCGCAGACCAACUCGCUCAAGAUGAGGAUAGGAGCUUGUCGCAGAGUCCACUCAGCGGAGAACACUUGCGUGCGAGGCAAGCCGGGUGCGAGCGGCGCGGUGGGGAGCGCGGGGGGAGGGGGGAGCGCGGGGCUGACGGGGGAGGAGCUGCGUACGGUGCGCGCGGUGCGGGCGCAGUACGCGCGCCGCGGCGGCUUCGUGCGCAUCUUCCCCAGCCAGAACUCGUGGCAGAAGUACUCGCAGUAUUUAGACCCCGUGAGCGGCAUCCCGGUGUGCUCGACGUCGCUGAACAGCGGCGCGCCGUACAGCGUGGUUCAGCACAACUACAACCUGCUGGUGCACGCGCACGUGCUGCCGCGCUUCCAGCACGCUGCCGCGCCCGCGCCCGCCGCCGCGCCGCAGCGACUGAAACGCUACGAGACGGUGUGCUGGGCGGGCGCGGCGCCGCCCGUGCAGCUGUGCGAGGCGCCGCCGCCGCCGCCGCGCGACGCGCGCCGCGCCAAGGACCUCGUCAAGCAGCAGCUGGCUGACGGCAUGCGGCUGACUACUGGGGAAGUGCGCCGCGCGUUCGGGCUGUACCUAACGCACGUGCUGAAGCGCAUCUCGUCGCCCGCCAACGAACUGGGCGCGCAGCACGCCGCGCUCGUGCUGCGCUUCCUUCGCCGCGCCUGCGCCUCGCUGCGCAUGCCUUACUAUGUAAAGGGUCCGCCGGCCAAGAUGUGCGACAAGGACAGAUGCGCCGUGGUCGCCAAGCAGCUGAACGACUUCCUGUACAUGUACUACCGCGAGACCGACUUGUACACGGACAGCGAGGACCGCGACGGCUGCGUGUCCAAUAUACAUUUCGCACAGUUCCUGUAUUCGGCUAGCGAGGCGGACCUGGAGGACGUGCUGCUGCUGCUGCUGCGCACAGAGAACUACGUGGCCACGUUCCUAGGCGACGGCCGCGGCGCGCUGUGCGUGGACGUGCCGCCCGCGCGCCGCGCCCCGCCCUCCCCCUCUACCCCCGCGCGCCACACGCUGCUGCACCACCUCGCGCGCCUCGCGCACCUCAACUGUCGCAGAUACAGGCCCGAAACAGAAACUUCUAGUCGUUCAGAUCCCGAAGAGCAGUGCGCAGACAGCCCGCCCCUCUCUAACUCGGACGUCGUCAUCAAGGACUCGCUCAAACAGGAGAAGCCGCAGAAUGUCGCGCUCAAAUACGCACGAUCA